AUGAUUACCAGUUUUCCCCCAGAACCCGUUGCUCGCUUUCGUAACUUGAAACCGCCGCGCAGUAGGUACGCUGCGUUCAUGGCCAGCCCAAUGCCAGCCACCAGCGAUCCCGUCGCCAUCCCAGAUCCAUUACCCGUGCCCUCGUCGAAUUCAAUCCUGGGCGCCACUCCUGCUGAUCAGAUUUCUCUGCUCAAACCAUCUUCCGCCAAACCCGACUCGCACCUGAGCUCGAUUGCCAGUGCCGGCCUACGUACCUCACCCUCACCCGGUCUUGAAGCUUCAAGGCCGACUUCUACCAUGGCGAGCCCGGCCGUUGCCGAAAGGGUGGCCGAGCCAGAGAAGGAGUUGGAGGACCAACACAGAGGUGGUCCGCAGGUGGCUCGAGAAGCAUUAGGAGCAGUUGUCGGCGCUGGUGAUCGAGAAGCCAAAUCCCAAGAACACUCUAACGCGUUCGGGGAACCUUCAGGUAACCCGCUUUCGCGCUCAAUCCACGUAUCCGACGACAUGCAAGUAGAUUCCCACGCAAGCCCUAGCACCGUUCCCGAGCCGUCGGCCGGUUCUGGUGACCCGGCUGCCAACUCUGUAUCGUUAAUGAACAGCUCGACCGUGGCCAGCCCCGGCCCCAUUGAAGACACUGUCUCCCAAGAUGGCGACCGCUCGCGACCUCCAAAUGAACACCAUGACCUGUCAGAAGAAGCAAACAAGGCCUUUUCGUACCCCAUGCCUGCCGCCAGCUUCAAUGACCCUCGUCGCGGCCUGAGUCUACCCCAUUCCGGUUUCCACAAGGGGAGUCCUCGAUCGCCAUCUACGAAAAGGCAUCGCUGCCCUUACUGCUCAACCGAAUUUACACGACAUCACAACCUCAAGAGCCACCUGUUGACGCACAGCCAGGAGAAACCUUAUGCUUGCCAAACGUGUCAGUCCCGCUUCCGGCGUCUCCAUGAUCUGAAACGACACGCCAAACUACACACAGGCGAACGGCCACAUAUUUGCGAAAAAUGCGGACGGCGAUUUGCUCGAGGAGACGCGCUAGCUCGCCAUAACAAAGGUCAAGGCGGUUGUGCCGGCCGGCGGUCCAGCAUGGGCAGCUAUGCCGGGGAAGACGAGUAUGGGGAUGCCGGUGCUGGCGGAGACGACGCCAUGGAUGGACUUAUGUACACGGAACCAGAGAGGAUGGACGAAGAAGAUGAGCGACGCCUCAGUAUGCCAAGUAUCCGCAAGCACAAUGUGCCUUCUUCAGAACCAAUGCCACGUGCACCAAGCGUCUUUCAGCCUCGUGCUCCGAGCACAUACCCUCCGAUCGCCACCAGCCAGCCUGCUCCUCCACCCCCGCCGCGUGGUCUUUUCCCCCCUCCGAGUCACGGAGGUUCCAGUUCGUCCACCUCCCCUAUUUCCCAAAGUGGCACGAUGACGUUUCCUGCUAUCGCGCAUUCUACUACGUCGAAUUUUGUCAGUUCUGGCAUGGCAGAGAGUCCGAAACCACUAUCGCCAAAUGCUUUAGCUUCUAACCACGGGUCUGACCCUAGUGGUGUUCACUCGCACUCACAACACCGAGCACAUUCGCCGAGCUUGAACCAGCAGUACCAACCACAAUCGCACUUUAGAGCUAAGCCAUCGCAAAGUUCUUUGGGAGGUCUUCCGCCAUCGCAACCGGGGGCUCCGCAGCUGCCUCCGCCUCCAGGGCUCAAUACGCCCGACUCUCGAUUCCUGCACAGUCAACCUUCUAGUCUAUCCUCAAAACACGGCCAUACAAGCAGUCACGGUGGCCCUAUUCAAAGUCAAACAGGGGCUGAGUCGAGCAUUCUUGAUUCCAAUGGACAGGGCGACCAGAAUCGCGAAGAAAAGCUAUGGACAUAUGUUCGAUCUGUCCACGAUGAGCUCAACAUGCUUCGGACCGAAGUUGUCGCGCUGAGAGCCCAGCUUGCUGCACAAAAUCAAGGGUCGAACUCAGCACCCCAUGGACAAGGCGAAUCUCGGGAUCCGAACGCGCGGUAG